AUGUCCAUUGAGUUGAUGAUGCCAUCCAACCAUCUCAUCCUCUGUCACCCCCUUCUCAUGUCCUCAAUCUUUCCCAUCAUCAAGAUCUUUUCCAAUGAGUUGGCUGUUCGCAUCAGGUGGCCAAAAUACUGGAGCUUCAGCUUCAGCCUCAGUCCUUCCAAUGAAUAUUCAGGGUUGAUUUCCUUUAGGAUUGACUGGUUUGAUCUCCUUGCUGUCCAAGGGACUCUCAAGAGUCUUCUCCAGCACCAUAGUUUGAAAACAUCAAUUCUUUGUCAUUCAGCCUCACAUCCAUACCUGACUAUUAGAAGAACUGUAGCUUUGACCAUACAGACCUUUGUUGGCAAAGUGAUAUCUCUGCUUUUUAAUACGCUGUCUAGGUUUGUCAUAGCUUUUCUUCCAAGGAGCAAGCAUCUUUUAAUUUCAUGGCUGCAGUCACCUUCCUCAGUAAUUUUGGAGCCCAAGAAAAUAAAGUCUGUUACUGUUUCCAUUGUUUUCCCCAUUUAUUUGCCCUGA